AUAGUAUUUUGCACACUUAUUAAUACUUAUGUUUAAUUUUGUGAAUUGCGAUAAAUACGACUUAAAUUUAAUCAAUUUUUUUUUUACAAGUAUUUAUAGAUAUAAUCCAGUUUAUUUUCGUUUUAUUUUUGGUUUUUAUUUGACGUCAUGGAACACGAUCAAUGGAAGGUGCCUUUGAAUCCCAUAAAACCGCCUUCUAUACCUAGACAUACUGAAUUAUUACUUUUCAACGAUAUUAUGGAGGAUUUAUCGAUGGAGCUACGGCUUAUUAUUAUGGAGUUUUUACAGGUUUAUCCAUUUCGUAAAUUUGAAUUUGAAUUUUCCAAUUUUCUCAAACAUUUAAAAGCUGUAAUAGAAGAAAGUAAGCGCAAUGAGACGAAGUCCACUCGCUCUACGAAUAUACAACACAUUGCUCCUCUUUAUACAACCCCUCGUAUAAAUAACAUCACUACAUCGUUAAACAAAUUAAAAAAGGAGAAUUCUUCAAUAUUGUUAAAGCCAUGUACUACAAUUAAUGAAGUUGAAGAACAAACUAGCAAUGAGUUAAAAAGUAAAAAUAAUAAUUUAAGUAAGCCCAAGCAGCAUGAGCUAGACAUUUUUCAAAAUGAUGUUUCUAAUACGUACUCUGAUAUAUCGAUAAUUGAAAAUGCAAUCACUUUACAUUCACAACAUAAUACAGAAAAACAAAAUGAAAAUAAUAGCUUAGCAUCUCUUUCGAAAGGUGUUGGAUGUAAUGUAGCUGUAGAACUAUCAAACAAAGCAUCCUUCUUUUGUAAAGAAAAUUAUUCAAGUCAAAAAAUAAUUUUUUCUCAAAAUCAGUCGAAUAAUUUAACUGGAACUAUAGAAAAGUACUUAUCUAAGUGGUCUCUGAAUGUGAAACAAGAAAAAACAACAAUGAAAACUGUGCUGGAAGUGACUGGUGAGCUUUUGGCUGAUGAUAAAUUAACUUCAAUUGAAAAAGAGCACAAUGCUGGUAUUGUUGAAUGUCGUAAAGAUAGAGACCUAAUCAAAACCAGCAAAGGGAUUUACCGUCUAGUAGGAAAUAUUUUUAAAAGUUGUCCAAAAUAUAUGAAUAGCAUAUAUUUAAAAAAUAAUGGAUUCCCAAAAUAUUGGAAAUGCCUUUUAAGACAGUACAAUACAAAUGGGUUAAAAAAUAAUUUAAACAUGUUUGUGGAAUCUCCUGCUACACUCAAUAAAUCAUUUAAUCCAGCUAAUAAAAUUGAUAUUAGUUUGACCAGAAGAGGUACAACGUAUAGUAUACCUUAUCUUCUACCAUUGAAAAAUAAUCAAAAAAGAAAACAUCCGGAAUAUGGCUCAAUAGCCGAAUGCAGUAAAAAUAAACUAAAUACAUAUCGUAUGCCAUUAUUGGCAUCAACUCCUAAGAAGCCUAAAUUACAAUUACCAGUUACCAAUCCAAAUCAAAAUUAA